GGUUAGAUUCCGACAUCGUCAGAUUCUUCUCUAUUUCCUUACUGUCUCAUCUACUCCUUUGUGCGUCAGUAUUGGACAGGAUUACUCCUGGCCAGUUCAUCUCCUCCCAUGACACCUUAGUCUCCGACGGCGGCGCUUUCAUGAUGGGCUUUUUCUCCCCUUCAAACUCCAGCAGUGAUAUUUACGUCGGAAUUUGGUACAACAUCCCCCAGAGGACCGUCGUAUGGGUGGCCAACAGAGAGAAGUCGAUCAAUGACUCCUCCGCAGCGGUUCUUAGCAUCGCCGAAGACAGCAACCUCAUCAUUAAUGACUCCCGAGGAAUCACCAUCUGGUCAUCGUCCUUAUCAGGCUCGGGUACAACGAGCAACGGCACAGAACUGGUGCUACUCAACUCCGGAAAUCUAGUUCUCAGAAAAAGCAAGAACAACAUCCUGUGGCAAAGCUUUGAUCACCCAACAGACACCUUUCUCAUAGGUAUGACUAUUGGUUUCAACUACGUGAACACACAUCCACCAGUCAUAUUCUUCACAUCCUGGAAGAACGGGAAUGAUCCAUCACCUGGAAAAUUUUCCUUUGGAAUUGAUUCCAAUGCUUAUCUCCAGCUCCUCACAUGGCGCGGGUCGAUGAUCUACUGGAGAAGCCAAGUGUGGGACGGGAAUUUGAUGGGCAGAGCGUCAUCGCGUAACUUCACCUCCAUGAUAUACUUGACGCUCACACGAAGAAACGAUGGCUUUUCCUUGGAGCUGAGUGUCUCAGAUCCAUCAUCCUUUGCUCGAUGCACACUGCACCAUUCAGGAGCCAUGCAGUGCUCGUCCUGGGACAGAAUCUCGCAGAACUGGCAAAUCUAUUCCUCUGUACCAACUAACGAUUGCAAUUUGUAUGGCUGGUGUGGUCAGUUUGCUUACUGUGAUCCUUAUGCAACUCUGGCCGCAUGCAAGUGUUUGGAAGGAUUCGAACCUACGUUACAAAGUCAAUGGGAUAUUGGCAACUACUCAGCCGGUGGCAGCAGGAGGAUGCUCCUUCAAUGUGGUGAGGGAGAUGAGUUUCAGAGAGUGGAAGGGAUGAAAUUGCCAGACCAGUUUGUCUAUCUUAGAAACAGGAACCUUGGUGACUGCAAAUCUGAAUGCAUCAGAAAUUGUUCAUGUACAGCUUAUGCUUAUGCUGAAGUGACUCAGGAUAACAGCACUAUGACACGAUGCUUGGUUUGGAUGGGGGAGUUGAUAGACACUGAGACGUUUCCUGCUGGAGGACAAGAUCUCUAUUUGCGACUCAUGAACUCAACUUCAAGUACAUUGGGCAGCAAGAGUAAAUCAAGAAAAACAAUAAUCAUAGUCUCCCUUUCUUCAGCAAUCUUUUGCUUGGUCUGUAGCUUCAUGCUGUGGAAGUUCCGUAAGGAAAUAAAAGGUAUAUGUCUGAGUGUAAAUUCCCAGAACAAUUUAAUAGUCUUUGAUGAAAGUUCAGGAGAGGAACCUGUACAAGGUCAAAAACUUCCUUUGAUCCAUUUUGAUGUCCUACUUGUUGCCACAGACAAUUUCUCUGAUUCAAACAAGCUGGGACGAGGAGGUUUUGGCAUAGUUUAUAAGGGUAAACUUCCCAGUGGACAAGAAAUUGCUGUUAAAAGACUUUUGAUAGGAUCCGGGCAAGGCGCCAUGGAGUUUAAGAAUGAGAUGAUUACGAUUAUAAAGUUGCAGCACAAGAAUCUCGUCAAGCUUCUUGGUUGCUGUGUCCAUGGUGAAGAGAAACUACUAGUCUAUGAGUACAUGCCCAACAAAGCAUUGGAUUUCUUCCUAUUCGAUCCAGCACAAAAAAUAGAGCUUGAUUGGGGUAAGAGAUUCAACAUAAUUAAAGGGAUUGCUCGUGGACUUCUUUAUCUCCAUGAAGAUUCGAGAUUACGAAUAAUACACAGAGAUCUCAAGGCUAGUAACAUAUUAUUGGACAGAGAUAUGACUCCUAAGAUAUCCGAUUUUGGAAUAGCAAGGAUUUUUAGAGGAAAUCAGAAUGAAGCAAAUACAAAAAGAAUUGUUGGAACAUAUGGUUAUAUGUCUCCAGAAUAUGCACUGCAGGGACUCUUUUCUGUAAAGUCUGAUGUUUAUAGUUUUGGAGUACUACUCCUUGAGAUUUUGAGAGGAUGUCAGAUCAGUAGCUUCCCCGAAAACAGGAACUAUCAUAAUCUUCUAGAUUAUGCAUGGAAACUCUGGAGCGAAGGCAAUGCAAAGGAGUAUAUAGAUCCAUCCAUUGCAAACUCGUGCAAUUUGGAUCAAGCAAUAAAAAGCAUCCAUGUUGGUCUCUUGUGUGUGCAAGACAACUCAAAUGAUCGACCCAACAUGUCAUUAGUUGUUUUCAUGCUGGAAAACAAAAUUACAAUCUCUUCAACACCUAGACAACCAGUUUUUACAAUACAAAAAAUACCAAAUCUCAAUGGAAGCGACCCAGCAUUAAUAAACUCGAGAGACUCUUUCAAUAGCAUGACCAUCACAGCAGAGGAAGGUCGGUAGAACGAAAGUUUAUUGAACAUCUUUUUUCUAAUAACUUCACAGGUUGAUUUAUUAUUUUCUACAAAAUAGUAAAGGUAAUAACAUUUGUUAUAGUAACACCCAUUAAAGUUCAGCAUGACAUAAAAGCAUGUAUGUCU